CACAUUAGAUAUUAGAAAAGCAUUUGACACCGUUUGGUUAGAUGGAUUGAUGGUCAAACUACAUGAACUUGGUAUCCGUGGCAAACUGUGGCGUAUGCUUUAUGAUAAUUACCAUAAAUAUGAAUGUGCCGUUCGUGUAGGAAGUUCAAAUACACUUUCUAAACCUUUUAAUGUCAUGCAGGGCGUCCACCAAGGGGGUGUCCAAUCUAUGCUAUUUUAUCAGUUGUACAUGGCUGACCUUAUUCAGGAUCUAUGUGAAAUGAAUAUAGGUGGCCACAUUGAUGAUGUAAAUUGUGUAUGUCCUUCUUAUGCGGAUGACAUGACCAUUAUUGCCACAAAUCAAAAGGAUAUGCAACUUAUGUUAAACACUGCCUUUGAACAUAGUAGAAGAUGGCGAUAUGAAAUCCAUCCAGCGAAAUGUAACUUUCUGACAUUUAAUGAUAUGGUCACUGAUUCAAGUGUUAAAGGUCAUGUCGUUCUCAAGAUAGGUGACACGAGAAUUCCAAAGGUCAAUUUCACUGUUCAUGUUGGUAUUCCAAUAUCUAGUAAAAAUGAUAUCUCACAAUAUGUUAAUGAUCGCUGCACUAGUGGUAAACGAAAAUUCUGCUCACUUUUGGGACUGGGGCACAAAACAGGUGGUUUGUCACCCUUAACAGCAUCAAAACUGUACUGGGCCUUUUCUAUUCCAACCAUGCUGUUUGGGGCACCAGUUAUAAAUUACCAAGCUUCAGAUGUUGAAAAGCUUGAAUUGACUCAUAGGGAGAUUGGCAAACGUAUCCAAUUUUUCCCCAAAACCUCAGCCAAUCCUAGUGCAACGAUGCCGUUGGGAUGGUUGUCAAUAGACGGCUAUAUUACAGUGUUGCAGAUGAUGUAUCUCUGGAGUUUACUUAGGUUUAAUAAUAUUUACAGGGAUAUAACUAUAACACGGUUAGUAAAGAUGUUUCAUGUCACUUAUGACAACCAUGCCGAUAUUUUCUCUCCUAUCCGGCGCAUUUUCCUUAAGACCAAAAUGCUAGGAAUUGAAAAUCUGGUUAAAAAUGCGCUGAACUCUGGAUAUCUUCCGUCGAAGAGGUCAUGGAGACUGCAAAUUGUCAAUGCUGUAAGAUCCGUCGAGGUCAAGCAAUUUUUCUUGCAAUGCUCAUGUUAUGGCAAACUUUUAUACCUACGUGACUAUGUCACAGACUUAAAACCUUGCAUAUGGUGGUUGAUUUGUCAGAAAUAUCCUAAAUGUCAAAGCCAGUGUAAAACUAUGAUGCAAUUGAUAUGUAACGCCCAUGUAUUAAAUACGAACAACUUCAAUGGUUCAAAACGAUGUAUAUUGUGUAACCUCUGUGAAACUGAAACAAUUGAACAUUUUAUAUUAAGAUGCCCUAUGUAUGAACCAUAUAGGCAUAACAUAUUUGAAGCCCUUGGCUGUCGUGGUGACAGUAUGGGUGUUAUUAUGAAGAAAGUUUUAGGUCUCUCAGAUGUUUCAUGUGAGACGUUAAUAAUUGUAUCAUCAUGUGUACACAAAAUGUACAAUCACAGAGCCAACCUGUUGGCUCUGCUUGACACAUAAUUUCUCUAUCACUUUAUUUUUAUGUUUUCCAAAACAACAACUUUUUUAUCACAUAAUUUAAUCUUAUCCAUGUAUUUUAUAUUUUAUAUGUAAACCACAUGUAUAUUAAAAUGUAUUCUCUCAUAUAAAUGAGGCAAUAAAUAUACAAUACAAUUACAAACCAAAGGCUUUACCAAAAUGCCAAAAAAAUCACUA